AUGGCGCGUGUGGAGGCGCUGAGCAUGAGCGGCCUGUCGGUGAUCCCGGUUGAGUACGUGCGGUCGAUGGAUGAGCGUCAGAGCCUGGGGGACGCCUACGACCAGGCGGCGGCCAGCUGGUCCACGGCGGGCUGCCAGCGUAUCCCCAUCGUCAACGUGGCCCCGUUCGACGGGGCCGACCCGAGCUCUCCGGCGAGCGCCGCUGUCGUCGACGCCGUUCGCGCGGCCGCGGAGGACUGGGGCGUCAUGCACGUGGCCGGCCACGGCAUCCAGGACGAUCUGAUCGACGCGCUGCGCGGUGCUGGGACGGGGUUCUUCGGCAUGCCGAUCGCCAACAAGGAGGCCUACGCCAACAACCCGGCGGCCGGGAUAUUGGAGGGCUACGGCAGCCGGCUCGCGGGCUCCGCCGGCGAGGACGGGAAGAGGGAGUGGGAGGACUAUUUGUUCCACCAGCUCCACCCCGACGCACGCGCCGACCACGCGCGCUGGCCGGCUCACCCACCAGAGUACGUGCCCGUCACGAAGAGCUUCGGGGAGCGCGUGAGUGAGCUGGCGGCCCGGCUCCUCGCCAUCCUCUCCCUCGGGCUCGGCGUCCCGGCGCCAACGCUAGAGCGCCGCCUCCGCCUCAGCGACGAAGAAGUCGCCGUCGAGGACGAUCUGCUGCUGAAGAUGAAGAUCAACUACUACCCGCCGUGCCCGCAGCCCGAGCUGGCGGUGGGUGUGGAGGCGCACACCGACGUCUCCGCGCUCUCCUUCAUCCUCACCAAUGGUGUACCGGGCCUCCAGGUCCUUAACAGUGCCGGGGCAUGGGUCACCGCGCGCGAUGAGCCCGGAACCCUCGUGGUCCACGUCGGUGACGCGCUCGAAAUCCUCAGCAACGGGCGGUACACAAGCGUGCUCCACCGCGGGCUGGUCAACCGCCGUACCGUGCGCAUCUCAUGGGUGGUCUUUGCCGAGCCGCCACCCGACUCCGUGCGGCUGCGGCCGCUGCCGGAGCUCCUUGUGGACGGCGCCGAGCCACGCUUCGAGCCGCGCACCUUCAGGCAGCACCUGGAAAACAAGGUCCUCAAGAAGAAGGAUUAA